AAAAAAAUUAUGCUCUUCUUUUUUACAUGAAAAAUGUCAGACUAUCAGUAUACAAGUUAUCUUGAUCCUGAACUUAAAACAUCACUGAAAAUAUUUUUAUUCAAGAACGUCAAUAAUGUCGAUGAUAUAAGAAAAAAUAUUAUAGGAGGAGUUUGGAAAUGUGCUGCUAUAAAACCUAGCCUUGUGCUCGAUCCAUUUCAAGUGAUUGUCGCCGCUAAUCGUGCUGCAAUUGCUGAGAAAUUUGGAAACAUGAUAACAAAGACAGUGCAUUCAGAAAUCAUUUACAAUUUAUCAAUAUCCAAAAACAUAUCUCAAAGUUUGAAAAAGUUUGGUAUUGACCAAGAUGAAAGUUUAUUAUUAUGUUUUUUAUCAACUGAUGAUGAUAAUGAAUUUGAAAGUGUAGUGAAACAAGUGGAUGGUGAGCAAUGUCCUCUGACAGAGUUAUCAAGAUAUACAGAUAUUAAACAAGUCAAAGAUGUGUAUAAGUUAGGUUCUGUUGGAAAAGAUACAGAUUUACUUGACAUUAUAGUCAGUAGAAUAGUUACUAAAAACUUUGUUACAUUUUAGUUUUAGGCAGAAAAUAUUUGAGUAUGAUCAAUAGAAUGGACCAAUGAUCAUUGUAAGUUAAAGUUAAGUUUUUUUUUGUUAUAAAUUGAAGGUUUUAGUUUGCUUCUAAUGUUUAAGUAUCUAUACUUAUUUGUGAAUUACUAUUAUGAAAUGAAUAAAGAAAUCAAAUCACAUAGGGCAGACAUGCUAUCUGUUUA